AUGGGCUGCACGGGGUCCAGGCACGCGCUGCGGGGCGGCGUCCGCAAGUCCUUCGCGCGGAGCCGCUCCGGCCCGGCCACGGUGGUGCACCACACCGUCGCGCUCAAGUCCUCCACCCUCGGCUCCCUCAGCCUCGACCGGGACGAGGAGAUGGUCAAGUGGCGCGCCGACAGCUUCCCCAGCGCCGCCACCAAGAAGACCACGCCGGCCCCGGCGCCACCGCAGCCGCAGCCGGCGAGGCGGCACAGGCAGCAGGCGCCCGUCGUCGCGCCGGCCAAGACGCCGGCCCGCGAGCCCCCCGAGGUGAUCAAUGUGUGGGAGCUCAUGGAGGGCCUCGACGACACCACCAAGAACGCCGACGAGGUCGCCGAUGGCGCGGACGAGCCGCGGGAGCCCUCGCCGGAGUUCGACCCGGACGUCAUCUCGGAGUUCCGGAAGGCGCUCGGCGAGGUUUCCCCGCCUCGGGACGAACUUCGCGACGGGGCCCUGGUCAAGAAGCGCGAGAUACAGCGGUUCCCGGGCAUCGUGCGCGCGCGGGUCAGCGCGUUCCAGCAGAGGAUCGACGCGAAGCUCGCCAAGAUGGCCCGCCCUCCCACUCCAACUCCCACACCCCCGCCCCCGCCCCCGCCCCCGCCCCCGCCCUCGCCGCCGCGGCUGCCUCCCCCACCGGACAGCGAGCGCAAGGUGGUGCUGUACCUCACCAGCCUGCGCGGCAUCCGCAAGACGUUCGAGGACUGCUGGGCCACGCGGUCCAUCCUGCACGGCUACGGCGUGCGCGUCGACGAGCGCGACCUGUCGCUGCACGGCGGGUUCAAGGACGAGCUGCACGCGUCGCUCGGCGCGGCGGGGAGGCUGCCGCAGGUGUUCGUCGACGGCGGGCACCUCGGCGGCGCCGACGACGUCCGCCGCAUGCACGAGGCCGGCGAGCUGUCCAAGGCGCUGGAGGCCUGCGAGAUGGCGCCGUCGGGCGGAGUAGGCGGCAAAGGAGUCGCUGCCGUAGAGGCGUGCUCGGGGUGCGGCGGCGUCCGGUUCGUGCCCUGCGAGGAGUGCUCCGGCAGCUGCAAGGUGUUCCUGGAGGAGCUCGACAGCUUCCGGCGCUGCCCCGAGUGCAACGAGAACGGGCUCGUGCGCUGCCCUCUCUGCUGCUUGUGACCGUGGCCCGUGGGAUUUUCUUGCGAUCUCCGGCGAGCAAGUUCAGUUAAGAUGAUCGAUUGAUCUGUACAGAGAAGUGCAUAUAGCUUCUGUAACAUUAGGACUGAUCAAGUAACAUUUGUGCUGUAUUAGUAGUUGAUUUUGCCGUGCUUGUUUCCUCCCUCUGGAGCCGAGUGUGUAAGGGAAAAUGACUGUAAAUCUGCAAUUUGAUGCUUUCAAUCG